AUGACUCUUCCGGAGCCUAAAGACGUUGAAGAGGCAACACAGGUUCUUCAGAGCAUCACUCCUCUGCUUCCUCAAAACCCCAUCAUAAUCUCGCUCCUUGGCCUAGGAAUCUUUCCUGGCAUAGACCCAGUACGUGCCGAAAUCCUCUUCGCGCACCCCACGUGCCUCAAAUAUGACUUCGACGCGCUAUGCCAAAGAAUCCGGCAUGUUUUUGAGGAUUCCGGUAUCUUCGAUAAGAGAGGCUUCAGCUUAUUCCUUCAUGCCACUAUCUUGAAUGCUAGGAAGAUUGCCGACGGGGGGUUUAUUGACGCGACGGAGAUCCUGAAGGACUACCGGGGACACGUAUGGAUAGAAAAUGUUCCCCUCGAGGAAAUCGGGAUUUGCCGGAUGGGUGCUAAGAAGAAGGGGGUUGAUGAUGAGGAGUAUCUGCUAGAAGCUUCUAUUCCACUCAUGACUUCAGAUGAUAGAUGA